UUGAGGACGAGGAGCUUUAUAAUUUUUGCCGCGAUCACCCGGGAAACUUUCAAAAAACUGCAGUUGGCUUUCUGAUUUGAAGGAGGGAAAUAACAAAUGAGAAAUGCAAGCGACUAGCAGGGUCAAAUUCAGAAUAAAGACUACAAUAAUGUUUACAGUUUUAGUCAUAAUAAUAGCCUAGAUGUAGUAUUCUAUCCUAUUUUACCCACGAUUUCUUCAGACUUUAGCCAACACCUUACAGUGCGGCCGAUGCCGCCCCGACUCUCAGUCUCAAGACACUGCACAUUGCAUCGGAGGCUACAGGUGCAGGUGUAGGCGGAGCUGAGCUGAGCUGAGGCGACUAGACUGGCGCUAGCAGAGUGGACGUGGUGCUUGGCUUUAUGAUUUUCAUGUAAACGUAGCUUUAAAAAAAUGAGAUCUUAAUCUUCCAGUCUGAACUCAAAGUCUGGAGUCUGGAACUUUGUGGAAAUGCUGCAUGCAAGGUUUUCUCAGCUGAAGCUUAAACAGAGAACUGCACCGGAUAUUGAUAGAGACAAGAUUGCAAUGGCAAUGGAGCUUGUCAAAGAUGAGACCAAACAAGCUGAUCAGCCAAAUGAAGGUGGCUUUCUUGUUCCAGACCUUUCAACUAGUUCCUGUUUGGAUAGUAUGAAGAAGAAUCUAGAAAGGAUGAAGCAUUUUAGGUCUACUCCAACUCCUAGACCAAGUCCUAAAAAGUGGUUGGAUCAGAAUGGGAUGGGCCUUGAACUUGAAGAAAGAGAUAUUUCUCCUCUUGCUUUCAGAAGAGGGCCAUUUCUAAGUCCAAACUCCUCAAUAGGAAAGCCCCCAAUAUCUGAAGAGCUGGCUCAACUCUGUACAGAAUCCCCAAUGUCUCCUUUCAAGUCUGAUUCUGACAACUCUUCAUGCCUUUUUGCGGAUGAUUCAUUUUUGUCAUCAGCUGCUUUUGCAGAUGAUGUCUUUGGUGAUGGCAAUGUUUCGCUGUCCAAUUCCAGAGAUGGAAGAUCAUACACUGAACAACUCCCCUGGAGUGAGCAUAAACCUGAGCUGUCAGCCAAAUUUGAGACUUACGUGAGAGAAAAUCAAUCUGCAGUGUGUAAAGGAGCGUCGAUUGCAGGCAGUCCAAGCAAGAAAAGGCACAAAAAUCAGCGAUUAGUCCGACGCGUCAAGAGUGCGUCAUCCUUUCGCUUUAGUCCUUUUAAGUCCUCUCCAGAAAAGGCUAAACCAACAUGGUCCGGAACAAGGUGGUAUAAAGCUCCGACAGACACCCGGCUCUAUGAAGUUAGGAGGAGAGAAAUCAAAGACUUUGACCAAGCUGCAGCUGACACCAUCACCUUGCCAAAAAGGGUCUUGCAAUUUGGAGAUUGUGACAAUAAAACAGAUAAACAAGAUCAACUUGUUGAAAAAGCCAAGACUGAAAUCCAUGUUGAGUUAGCUACUUGUAGAACUGACACUCCAGAAUCGGGCUACGGUUCGCUCAACUCUUCUCGCCAAACUCCUGAUUUGGCACGAGGCGAGACCCCAGUGGCAAGAUUUUCAUCAAUAUCGCCAUUUCUAAGAGCUAAUCAGUAUGUGCCUUCUCCGAACAGUGUCUCAUACAAGAACAAUAACUGUGCUAUCCCUUUUCUUGAAAAGUUUGACAUUGUGUCCAGAUUAUUCCGUAUCGCCCCUCAUCUUGUGAAAAAGAUAUUCACCUAUUUGGAUCCAAAAGACCUUGUGCUAUUCUCUUCAGUCAGCCCUCAAUGGCGAUGGAUAUGCUCAUCCCAUCCUCCUACUAAAAAGACCAGAGAUGACUACCUCAAAGCUAAGAAGAGGGAAUUCCUAAAUUGGAAGGAGAACAUUCCAUCCUCCUUAUCAAGGAGUGGACGUCAUGUGACAGGGCCAGGUACUCCACUGUCUUCUGUGCAGUGGUUAGGUACACCAACGGCUGCAAGCACCCCAACAAUGAAAGCAACCAACUUUGACAAAUUCUGCGAGGUUGCAAAACAACUCAAGAAAGGUGAAAAGCUGGAGAGGUGCAAGUGUGGUUCGCCAGCUCUGAUUGAAACCAAGACCAGGAAGGCUUCCUGCUCUGGUGUGCAUUGCCAAUUUGAAUUCUGCGUCAAGUGCAAGAUGAAUUACCAUGGCAACAGCCCUUGUUUGUCAUCAUCAGGAGCCAGGCGGGCAAGAGGACCUAGUGUUGGGUCGAAGAAGAGUAAGAAGAAUUUACGACGUCACUCGCGCCUCUCUGCGAAUGAUUGAUGAAAUUUAGGUUCAUGCUGACUGCAUGUAGGGCCUCUUCUUUCUGUAUUCAAUCAAUUCUUUGUUUAUUUCAAAAGAAUGAAUGCCACAGUGAGGUAAUACCUUAGUCACACCAUCAACCGACUUCAAAUUGACCCUAAAAUGACAGACUGUUGGCCUUUCAGGAUAAUAAAAUGUUUGCGCUUCCGUAUAUUCUCAGUCUGGUUUUGGUCUCAUCGGUGUGACUAAGGUAUCUACGGUGAACAAUACAAGUCAGGCCAGCUGCACGUAGGGUCGAAGAGUCCAGCCAAAUUUCUGUAUACACUGUUUGUUUGGAUUGCUAACUGCCAAAUUUGCUAAGCUACCGGUAGUGUUCUGACAACACCAACUUUCAGACGAAACUUCUGUGAGGCCCCUUUUCCUCUUUGGUAAGAACUUGUGCAUGUACCUAGAAACUGUGCCUGUACCGAGAGACUGUCUGGGCCUGCUCUGUGCAUUAGCAUGCCUGAAUAUCCUCAACUCUGGCAAUAAAAUAAACACCUUGUGUGCAGCUGACUUGUCUAGGUAACUCUUGAUAUUAAAUGUAAACUAAAACAUCAAUUUUUCUCUUCCAUCAUUUUACAAAAUUCACCUCAGUAUUAUGUUUUCUAAGAUAUAUGUGCAGUUAUUUUUAUAAUUGUGUAUUUGAUUCAUAUCUAGUUUGUGUUCAUGGUCUGUUUGUGUGGGGUCUUCCUUGAUAUUCUUACCAGUACUUGUUUUUGUCUUCAGUUUUCAGUUGAACAUGCACAAUAUCUGAAAACAUUUAAAAAAAUAACUUGUACGUCACCUGUUGAAUUAGUAGGUAUAGACCGAUAAUUGUUUAUUUAUAUGAACAUUGUGCCUUGCAUUAUUCACAGUUUGCAUGGCCUUUGAUCAAGAGACUGGUAAUACAUGUACAUGACUCAAAGUGGCAAUGAAUAUUGAAUACCAUUAAUGUCAACAUCGUUUUGUAAGCCCAAACAAUCUUUGUGUGUGAUAAAGCUCUGCAUGAAUCAUUCCAUUACAUUAUCUGUUUCAUAAUGUAUCGGCACUAUCAGGUACAAGUAUUAACCAGAGGGUGAAAGAACAAAGAAAGGGCAAUAAGCUUUUUUAAUAAUUUUCGUAUUUUACUAUUUAUAUUACUUGUAUUGGGGUUUGUAAUGGGAUUUCUACAUGUUAUUGUGAAAUGCACCUGUUUGUAUUUGUUAAGGGUCAUGAAUGGAAUUUAAAGCACAAGUUUAUACCGUACUAUCUUAAGUAAUAUUGUAUAAAUAUAAAACAUUAAUGAUGAAUAUAGAAUAAGGAGUAAUUUUUUAAAAUGUACUAAGUAUGGAAUGUGUAUUUAAAAUGUGUUUUGAUAUGUAAUUAAGAAAGGGAAGGUAGCACUACCUCUUGCACAGAUUUAACAUAGUUUUAGGUGAGCUUGCACAUCACCUUUUGCACAACAAUGAUCUGUUAUUAAUUAGUGAUUGCAAUGCACAGGUAUCCUCAUAAAGUGGGAUAGUGGUAAGAUAGUUAUCCAAUUCUUAGGUUAAACCAAAUCAAUUUUAAAUUGUUAAUAGAUCUAUAAGCAGUUGGCUAAUCAUACUGAAUAUCUAAUUUACUAGGAGGAAGAAAUUUCCUUCUGAAUCUUAAUAAUAGCUUUUUCUCUUAGUUUUUUCUUUUGUACAACUGUAGAAAUUGACAAUCCUCUCUGUAACUUCUUAAUAGUGUGAUUGAAAUAUCAACAAAGUUGCAAUUUUCUAAUUAUCCAUUUCAAAAUGUUUUUAAAACUCUUAAAUCAAUUAAGAAUAAUGAAUUGUUAUUUGCAUGACAUAUCAAACAAAGGGUUUAUUAUCUAGAAGGAAUGCCAAAUCACAGUGUUUAUUUUUAAAGGUGGUCAACCUUUUUAUCAAGUUGCUUUCAAUAAAGGCAGGAAAUAGAUCAGUAAGAGUUUUAGGAAAAUCAAGUGAAUUCAAAGAAAGUUAUGAAUGUUAGAAAUUAAUCAAUUAAAAGGCAAGUUGGCAACCCUCUGGUUUACCUUACAAGCACCUCUUCCAUUUGUCUAUACUAGUAAAAGAAAAAGUGCCAUGAAUUUCAACUUUCUUUCUUGAUUGUUGGCAAGGGAAGUAGGAAUAAUUAUAUUUCAUAGAGCAAUUUGUAAAAGCACUAGUUCAAGAAGGAUAUGGAAGUUAAUAAAUGUUUUGGUAUGGAGUGAAUAGAAGAGGUGCUUGCAAAGAAAAUCGCAGAGUUGAGAAUUUUUGUUUGCUUGAUUACUACUCAUCUUUCUAAUCCUUGAGCAGAUUUUCCUCAAAAUUUCACUGAUCUGUUUUUCUCAUUUUUAAGCCUUUAUUAAAAGCAACUUAAUAUUAGGAUGAAUUAACCUUGACAUAUAAAUGAUGGCAGCUGAGUCUUUCAUGUGCCUGUGCCAUAAUAUUGCGUACAAUCCUGUGUAUUCCAUUAUAGCAGUACUGAAUUGUUCAUGUUUUUGUAACUUCUUAUGAACCUUUAUAAUGUUUGUAAUAAAUACACUUUUUACUGUUGUAAAGAA